AUGAGAUCCGAUCGUGGAGGGGAGUUCAUGUCCAAAGAAUUUUUGAAGUAUUGUGAAGAUAACGGCAUUAGAAGACAGUUGACGAUGCCGAGAACCCCUCAACAAAAUGGAGUAGCGGAAAGGAAGAACAGGACAAUCCUUGAGAUGGCGAGAAGCAUGCUCAAAAGUAAAAACCUACCAAAAGAGUUGUGGGCGGAAGCAGUUGCAUGCGCAGUGUAUCUAUCAAACCGAUCUCCAACAAGAAGCGUUUCAGGAAAAACACCACAAGAAGCUAGGAGCGGAAGAAAGCCCGGUGUUUCACAUCUACGAGUCUAUGGAAGUAUUUCUCAUGCUCAUGUACCGGACGAGAAGCGGAGCAAGCUAGAUAAUAAAAGCGAGAAAUACAUCUUCAUUGGUUAUGACGCCAACUCCAAAGGCUACAAGCUCUACAAUCCUGAGACAAAGAAGACAAUAAUCAGUCGAAAUGUCAUAUUUGAUGAAGAAGGAGAAUGGGAUUGGAGAUCCAAUGAUGAAGAUUAUAACUUCUUUCCCCACAUUGAAGAAGAGGAUCUGGAGCAACCAGCAGAGGAACCUAUUGCGCCACCUACUCCACCAACUCCGCCAACAACAAGUUCUCAAGGAGAUGAAAGUUCAAGCGAAAGGUCUCCGCGGUUUAGGAGCUUGCAAGAGAUUUAUGAGGAAACAUGGAGAAAUGCAAUGGAUGAAGAAGUAAAGUCGAUACAGAAGAGUGAUACAUGGGAGUUAGCUUCACUUCCAAAUGGGCAUAAGGCGAUUGGCGUGAAGUGGGUUUACAAAAAAAAUAAGAACUCUCAAGGAGAAGUUGAGAGAUACAAGUUAAGAUUGGUCGCAAAGGGCUAUAGUCAAAGAGCUGGAAUCGACUAUGAUGAGGUAUUCGCUCCUGAUGCUUGA